AUGUGUUUGGAGAUUGUGUAUCACGAGGAGACGACGGAGCUUGGUCGGCAACAAGCACCGGGGGUGUGUCCGUACUGUGGCGGGAAAGUAUCGGCGGUAGACAUCGAGACUAAGUGGUUGUUCUGUUUCUUACCACUCUGUUUCAAGGUCAAACGCAAGUACUCGUGUUCUUCCUGCGACCGUCGUCUCGUCUUGUACUAUUGA